UUUCCAUGGAGACAGAAGCUGGGCCCGGGCGGCCUAGCGGCGUUACCAUGGAGACGGCUCUGGAGCUAGGGCUCCGAGGCCCGGGCUCUCCGCCGCCUCAGAACCCAGCCGAGCUGCGGUGCGAGACUCGAUCCUCACAGGCAGCGGCGCGCUGGGACCCAAGGAAACACUCUUUGCUCAUUGUGAUCGGUGACAUCGGGACCGAGAGUCAGCUGAGGGCCGUACGGGCCCACCUAGAGCAAGGGAUUCUCUCCUGGAACAUUGACUUAUCAUCUUUUGACUUGAACCAGCAGUUGAGACUCUUCAUUACUCGUCACCUAGCUCACUUCUCCUCAGAGGUCAAAGGCCAGAGGACCCUCUGCCACCAGAGUGACACCCUAGAGACCGUCAUCCUGGUAAACCCCAGUGCAGACAGCAUCAGCUCUGAGGUUCACCAUCUCCUUAGCAACCCAUCGGCUCACAAACUACUCAUCUUAAGUGGGCAAAGUCUAGAGCCUGGGGGAGACCUCAUCCUGCAGAGUGGUACCUAUUCCUAUCAAGACUUUGUCCAGGUCCUUCACAACCCAGAGAUUUCCCAGUUGUUCAGCAAUAGAGACCCUGGGAUCCAGGCUCUUCUCACUGUGUCCUGCAUAGGGGAGGGUGAUUGGAGCCACCUGGGCUUGUCCAGUUCCCAAGAGACCCUGCAUCUCCGGCUGAACCCUGAGCCCGCACUACCCACCAUGGAUGGCGUGGCUGAGUUUUCUGAGUACGUCUCUGAGACUGUGGAUGUGCCGUCUCCUUUUGACCUGCUUGAGCCCCCCACCUCAGGGGGCUUCCUCAAGCUCUCCAAGCCUUGCUGCUACAUCUUCCCAGGUGGCCGUGGGGACUCUGCCCUCUUUGCUGUCAAUGGAUUCAACAUCCUGGUGGAUGGGGGUUCUGAUCGCAAGUCCUGCUUCUGGAAGCUGGUGCGGCACCUAGACCGCAUUGACUCGGUGCUGCUCACGCACAUUGGGGCAGACAACCUGCCAGGCAUCAAUGGACUCCUGCAGCGCAAAGUGGCAGAGUUAGAGGAGGAGCAGUCCCAGGGCUCCAGCAGCUACAGUGACUGGGUGAAGAACCUCAUCUCCCCUGAACUUGGUGUGGUCUUCUUCAAUGUGCCCGACAAGCUGCGGCUGCCUGAUGCCUCCCGGAAGGCCAAGCGCAGCAUUGAGGAGGCCUGCCUCACUCUUCAGCACCUAAACCGCCUGGGCAUCCAGGCUGAGCCUCUCUACCGUGUGGUCAGCAACACCAUUGAGCCGCUGACCCUCUUCCACAAAAUGGGCGUGGGCCGGCUGGACAUGUAUGUCCUCAACCCCGUCAAGGACAGCAAGGAGAUGCAGUUUCUUAUGCAGAAGUGGGCAGGCAAUAGUAAAGCUAAGACGGGCAUUGUGCUGGCCAAUGGGAAGGAGGCUGAGAUCUCAGUGCCCUACCUGACCUCUAUCACUGCUCUGGUAGUCUGGCUGCCAGCCAACCCCACUGAGAAGAUUGUGCGUGUGCUUUUUCCAGGAAAUGCUCCCCAGAACAAGAUCUUAGAGGGCCUGGAAAAGCUCCGGCAUCUGGACUUCUUGCGCUACCCUGUAGCCACACAGAAAGACCUGGCUGCUGGGGCAGUGCCUGCCAACUUGAAACCCAGCAAAAUCAAACAGCGGACUGACAGCAAGGAGAGCCUCAAAGCUGCUACCAAGACAGUAGUGAGCAAGCUGGCCAAGCGGGAGGAAGUGGCAGAAGAGGGAGCCAAGGAGGCCCGCUCGGAGUUGGCCAAGGAGUUAGCCAGGACAGAGAAAAAAGCAAAAGAGCCACCUGAGAAGCCCCUAGAGAAGCCUGCCAAGCCUGAGAGGGUGAGGACAGAGUCCAGCGAGGCACUGAAAGCAGAGAAACGAAAGUUGAUCAAAGACAAGGUAGGAAAGAAGCACCUGAAAGAAAAGAUAUCAAAGCUGGAUGAGAAAAAAGAUAAGGAGAAAAAAGAGAUCAAGAAGGAGAGGAAAGAACUCAAGAAGGAUGAAGGAAGGAAAGAGGAGAAGAAAGAUACCAAGAAAGAGGAGAAGAGGAAAGACACCAAACUUGAGGUCAAGAAAAUUUCCAAACCAGACCUGAAGCCCUUUACCCCGGAGGUACGUAAAACCCUCUACAAAGCGAAGGCCCCUGGAAGAAUCAAAGUGGACAAGAGCCGUACUGCCCGGGGGGAGAAGGAGCUAUCUUCUGAGCCUCGGACACCCCCAGCUCAGAAGGGCACCGUGCCACCCCCACCUGUCAGUGGACACAGGGAGCUGGCCCUCUCCUCUCCAGAAGACCUCACACUGGAUUUUGAGGAGAUGAAGCGUGAGGAGAGGGAACAAAGGGACACAGGACUAGGAGACAAACCAGUCUCUCUCUAUAGGACAGAAGAGGGACCCCCAAGCAUAGCACAGGAAGAGCAUGUCAUGAAGGAGAAAGAAGUCAUCCCCACCAUAGCUAAGGAACAAGGCAGCAAGGAUAGAGGCCCAGACAGUGGGGCUGAAACUGAGGAGGAAAAAGAAACUUGGGAGGAAAAGAAGCAGAGGGAAGCAGAGAGGCUCCCAGAGAGAGCAGAAGCCAGGGAGGAAAGUGAACCUGAGGUAAAGGAGGAUGUGAUAGAAAAGGCUGAGUUAGAAGAAAUGGAGGAGGUGCACCCUUCAGAAGAAGAGGAAGAGGAAGAGACAAAGGCUGAGGGUUUUUAUCAAAAACAUAUGCAGGAAGCCUUGAAGGUCAUCCCAAAGGGCAGGGAUGCUCUUGGGGGCAGGGAACUGGGACUCCAUGGCAAGGCCCCUGAGAAGGAGACCUCCUCGUUCCUAAGCAGCCUGGCCACACCUGCUGGGGCCACUGAACAUGUCUCUUAUAUCCAGGAUGAGACAAUCCCUGGCUACUCAGAGACUGAGCAGACCAUCUCAGAUGAGGAGAUCCACGAAGAACCAGAGGAACGCCCUGCUCCAGCCAGAUGCCCUGCAGGUACAUAUGACCUUCCUGGGCCUGAAGGUCCUGGCCCCUUUGAUGCCAGCCAGCCUGCAGAUGGUGCUGUUCCUGCCACCUCAAGCAAAGGCUAUGGAGCACCAGAGACGGAACUCACCUACCCCCCCAAUAUAGUGGCCGCCCCUCUGGCUGAAGAAGAACAUGUAUCUUCUGCUACUUCAAUCACUGAAUGUGACAAACUUUCCUCCUUUGCCACCUCAGUGGCUGAAGACCAGUCUGUGGCAUCACUCACAGCUCCCCAGACAGAGGAAACAGGGAAGAGCUCCCUGCUGCUUGACACAGUCACAAGCAUCCCCUCCUCCCGCACUGAAGCCACUCAGGGAUUGGACUACGUGCCAUCGGCGGGAACCAUCUCACCCACCUCCUCACUAGAAGAAGACAAGGGCUUCAAAUCACCUCCCUGUGAGGACUUCUCCAUGACUGCAGAAUCAGAGAGAAGAGGAGAAGUCACAGGGAGACGUUCAACUGGGGAGAGAGCUGUGGAAGAGAAAAAGGAGAGGGCAAAUGUGGAAGUAUCUGAGAAACUUGGUGGUCAAUAUGGAACCACUGUGUUCGUUGCCCCUGGGCAUGCUAUACAACCAGGGGAAGCCAUCCUUGGAGAAGCAGAGGAGCGGUGCCUUAGCCCAGAUGACAGCACGGUGAAGAUGGCCUCCCCUCCACCAUCUGGCCCCCCCAGUGCAACCCACACACCCUUUCAUCAGUCCCCAGUGGAAGACAAGUCUGAGCCCCAAGAUUUUCAAGAAGACUCUUGGCAAGAUGCUAAGCACACACCAGACAGGGGCAAGGAAUAUGCAGCAAAGGAGACAGUCACCCCAGGGCCUGAAGAGGGCUCACUAGAGAAGGAAGAAAAGGAAGCUCCUCCCAGGAGUCCUCAAGCCCAGAAAUCACCCAUCAGCAUUGCUGGGGGACAUACAGGCUGCACCAUCCAGCUGUUGCCAGAACAAGACAAAGCAAUAGUCUUUCAGACAAUGGAGGCAGGAGAGACCAUGGAGGUGGGAAUUGGGUUCCCAGGCCCAAUUCAGGGAACAGAGUCCCUUCCCAGGGAAUUGAGGACAUCACUCCAAGAGCCUGGCCAAUCUCAGAAAGAUGAGGUGCUCCAAAUUCCUGACCAAAGCCUCUCCCCUGAUGAUGCAGAGUCCCUCUCUGUCCUCAGUGUAGUUUCCCCAGACACUGCCAAACAAGAACCCACUCCCAGGUCACCCUGUGGCCUGACAGAGCAGCACCUACAUAAAGACCUAUGGCCUGAGAUAUUGACAGAAGAUACCCAGUCUCUUUCUGUCUCAGAAGAGAGUCCCAGCAAGGAAACUUCUCUGGAUAUCUCUUCAAAGCAGCUCUCUCCAGAAAGCCUUGGUACCCUCCAGUUUGGGGAUCUUGGAAAGGAAGAAAAAGGGCUUCUGAUGCAGGCUGAGGAUGUCUCUCGCCACCUAGCUCCUUUGUCUGUUCCAGAGCCCUAUGAAGCUACAGUGUCACCUCCCAUAGACACGGUCACUGGGUACUCUGCACAGGCAGACAUCACAGCCAAGAGCCCUGACAGGAAGCUACCUGCCGGCUCCCCUCACUCUUCCCUGUCUGGAGAUGGGAAGUGUUCGCCUGGGGUGAUCACAAGCCCUGGUGAGCAUAUUCUGACACCCAGUAGCUCCCUCACUAAGAGUCCUGAGUCUUUGCCAAGCCCUGCCAUGGAAGACAUUGCCAAGGAGUGGGAAGAUAGGGUUCCAGGGUUGCAAGACAGAAGACCUGAGCAGGAGGACAAGGAACACGAGACAAAGGAGGACAUCCUACAGCAGAAAGACAAAACUCUGCAGCAGAAGAGUAUUGUAGAGGAGAAGGAUGCAGUCGUAGAUCAUAAAGAUGCUCUGGAGGAAAAGAAUAAGGUUGUGACAUCAGAGGAUAUAGUUUUAGAACAAAAAGGUAUAAACUUGGACCAAAAGGAUACAGGCCUAGAACAGAAGAAGGCCUUGGAAUUACAAGACAAAGAACAAAAAGACAAAGUCCUGGACCAGAAGGACAUGAUCUCAGAUGAGAAGGCCACAGCCCUGGAGCAAAAGGACAAGACCUUGGGAGAAAAAGACAAAGACUUGGCACAAAAAGACAAAGUACUGGAGCAAAAGGACAGGCUUCCAGAAGAAAAAGACAAGGCCACACCUCUGGGACAAAAUGACCAAGUCCUGGAGCCAAAAGACAAAGAACAAAAACACAGCACUUUAGAACAAAAAGACAAGGUCUUGGGACAAGAAGAGAAAGACAAAGCCUUAGAGCCAAAAGUGCAAGACUUUGAACAUAAAGAGAAGACCUUAGAGGACAAGGUUUCCGAAACAAAAGGCAAAGCCCUAGAACAGACAAGCAAAACCCCUGAACAUGAAGACAAGGCCCAGGAACAGAGAGAUGAGGUGUUAAAAAUGAAAGAUCAGGCCUUAGAACAGAAAUACUGGGCCUUAGGGAAAAAGGAUGAAGCUGUAGAACCAAAGAGUACAGCUGUUGAACAGAAAGAUGAGGUGAUAGAAGAAAAGUACAAAACUCAGGGGCAGGAGAGCUUUGAGCAGGAAGAUAAAAGUGGGAAACCAAAAGAGACCACUGUAGACAAAAAAGCUCCAGAAAGUGUCACAACUGUGGGACAGAAGGAAGCAGAUUUGCUGGAGACCAGAGCUCUGGGAUUGGGAGACAGACCUGUGGAGGAUGAGGGCAGAGAGCAGGAAGAGAAGUCCUGGAAGGAGAGGGAUGUGGUCCAGGAGUGGCAGGCCCCUUCACCCCGAGGGAGGCCAGCUGGAGAACACAAGGGACCCAUCCCUGCAUGGGAGGAGACGUCUCCUGAGCAGGAGGUCAGAUACUGGAGGGACAGAGAAGAUGUAGCUCUGCAACAAGACACAUACUGGAAGGAGCUGAGCUGUGAGAGAAAGGUCUGGUUCCCUCACGAGCUGGCCAGCCAGGGGGCCCACACACGGUACCCUGAGGAACGAGAGAGCACUUUCCUCUGUGAAGGACUGGAGGAGCCAGAAGUGCUCCCACAGCAGCACACAGCCCGGAGCCCAUGGGCUUCAGACUUCAAGGAUUUGCAGGAGCCCCCGCCACAGAAGGGACUGGAAGUGGAACGAUGGCUUGCUGAGUCACCAGUUGGCCUGCCCCCUGAGGAAGAGGACAAGCUGACCCGCUCUCCCUUUGAGAUCAUCUCCCCUCCAUCCUCCCCACCUGAGAUGGUGGGACAGCGGGGUCCUCCUACCCCCAGACAAGCAAGCCCUAGUCCUGAGAUGAAGCCUAUGCCACCCAUGAGGAGUGAACCUACUGCUCCCUCCUGGCUGGCUGACAUUCCACCAUGGGUGCCUAAGGACAGACCCCUACCCCCAGUACCCCUCUCCCCAGCUCCAGCUCCCCCCACACCUGCCCCAGAGCCUCACACGCCUGCGCCCUUCUCCUGGGGCACUGCAGAGUACGACAGUGUGGUGGCCGCAGUGCAGGAGGGUGCUGCUGAGUUGGAAGGCGGGCCAUACUCUCCACUGGGGAAGGACUACCGCAAGGCUGAAGGGGCAGGGGAAGAAGGAGGUGGGGCUGAGGCUCCUGACAGCAGCCCCUGCAGCUCUAAGGUCCCUGAGGCCAGUGAGAGCCACACCAAGAGGGACACAGAGCAGACAGAGUCAGAGCAGAGAGAGCCCACACCCUACCCUGAGGAGAGAAGCUUCCAAUAUGCGGACAUCUAUGAGCAGAUGAUGCUGACCAGCCUUGGCCCUGCAUGCCCCACCAGGGAGCCUCCACUCGGGGCAGCUGGGGAUUGGCCCCCAUGCCUCUCGAGCAAGGAGGAGGCCACCGGCCAAAAUGUGCCUGUAGAGAAAGAGCUGUCCUCUCCUGGCUCCUCCAAAAGCCUCCAGCCUGACACUUCAGCCUUUAGCUAUGCAGCCUUGACAGGACCCAUGGCGCCCCCCAGGCAGGAGCCUGAGCUCAGGCCAAGUGUGGAGGACAGCCUCACCCCACCCGCUGUGCCCCCUCGUGCUCCCAUCCCUGUGAGCAAAGGCCCGAGCCCCCCUUUCAGUGGCAAUGCCCUAAGCUGUAGUCCAGAUCGAAGAACACCCUCUCCCAAAGAAGCAGGCCGGCAUGGCUGGGAUGAUAGCACAAGUGAUUCAGAGCUGGAGAAGGGGGCUCGGGAACAGCCAGAGAAAGAGGCUCAGUCCCCAAGUCCCCCUUCCUCCACUUCUGGGGGGGCCUCCACACUGUGGCCUGAAACUGAGGCACACACAAGCCCUUCCUUGGACUUGCACCUGGGCUCUGCUCGACCAAGCCUGGACUUUCCUGCUUCAGCCUUUGGCUUUUCCUCAUUGCAGCCUGCUCCCCCUCAGCUGCCCUCCCCAGCUGAACCCCGCUCCGCUCCCUGUGGCUCCCUUGCCUUCUCUGGGGACCGAGCUCUGGCUCUGGCCCCGGGACCUCCAACCAGAGCCCGGCAUGAUGAGUAUUUGGAAGUGACCAAGGCCCCCAGCCUGGACUCCUCCCUGCCCCAGCUCCCAUCCCCCAGCUCCCCUGGGGCUCCCCUCCUCUCCAGCCUGCCAAGACCUGCCUCCCCAGUCCUGUCUGAAGGCUCCUCCUCUGAGGCUACAACGCCAGUGAUUUUAAGUGUGGCUGAGCGCUGCCCUCCAGGCCUGGGGGCUGCAGAACACAAGUCUGGAGAACUGGAGCCAGGAAUGGAACCACCUGCCCCUAGCCUCUGGGACCUCACACCUUUGAGCCCAGUGCCCCUGGCUUCACUGGACUUGGCCCCAGUUCCAGCCCUUCCUGGAGACAUGGAUGGUAGCUCCCUGCCCUGCAGCCUGGAGUGUUCGGGGGAUACCACCAAGAAGCCAAGCCCCUUGCAGGGCCUCUCUGGGGAUGGUGCAGCCAAUGGCCCAACUGAAACCAGUCCAAAUCCCCCUGGCCCUGCCACAGCCAAGACUGAGAAGGAAGAGGCUGGAGCCUGCCCUGCUUGGGAACAAGGGGCCUGGCCUGAGGGAGCUGAGAGAAGUACCCGGCCUGACACACUGCUCUCCCCGGAGCAGCUUUUGUGUUCCGCAAGGGGACCUGGGGGUCCACCCCACAACAUCUCUCCUGAGGCUGAGCCUGGGCCUCAGGGUUGUGCUGCUGAGCCCCGGCCCCACUGUGGCGAGCUCUCUCCAUCCUUCCUGAACCCACCUCUGCCACCACUCACAGACGACAGUGACCUAUCCACUGAAGAAGUUCGGCUGGUAGGAAGAGGGGGACGGCGCCGCACAGGGGGUCCAGGGCCCACAGGGGGCCCAUACCCUGUGGCUGAUGAAACUCCUCCGACAUCAGCCAGUGACUCAGGCUCCUCACAGUCAGAUUCUGAUGUCCCACCAGAAACUGAGGAGUGUCCGUCCAUUACAGCGGAGGCAGCCCUCGACUCUGAUGAAGAUGGGGACUUCUUGCCUGUGGACAAAGCUGGGGGGAUCAGUGGAACUCACCAUCCCAGGCCUGGUCAUGACCCACCACCCAUCCCUCAGCCAGACCCUCACCCAUCCCCUCCCCGCCCUGAUGUGUGCAUGGCUGACCCUGAGGGACUCAGCUCAGAGUCUGGGAGGGCAGAGAGACUACGGGAGAAGGAGAAGAUGCAGGGACGAGUGGGGCGCAGGGCUCCGGGCCGGGCCAAACCAGCAUCCCCUGUGCGGCGUCUGGAUCUACGGGGAAAACGGUCCCCCACCCCUGGUAAAGGGCCUGUAGAUCGAGUAUCCCGGGCUCCACCCCGACCACGCAGCACUCCAAGCCAGGCCACCCCAGCAGAGGAAAAGGAUGGACACAGCCCCAUGUCUAAAGGCCUCGUCAAUGGACUCAAGGCAGGACCCAUGGCCUUGGGGGCCAAGGGUGGCUCUGGCCCCCCUGUAUAUGUGGAUCUCGCCUAUAUCCCGAAUCAUUGCAGUGGCAAGACUGCUGACCUUGACUUCUUCCGUCGUGUGCGUGCAUCCUACUACGUAGUCAGUGGGAAUGACCCUGCCAAUGGCGAGCCAAGCCGGGCAGUGCUGGAUGCCCUGCUGGAGGGCAAGGCCCAGUGGGGAGAGAAUCUUCAGGUGACUCUGAUCCCUACUCAUGACACGGAGGUGACCCGUGAGUGGUACCAGCAGACUCAUGAGCAGCAGCAGCAGUUGAAUGUCUUGGUCCUGGCUAGCAGCAGCACUGUGGUCAUGCAGGACGAAUCCUUCCCAGCCUGCAAGAUUGAGUUCUGAAAGAACUACCCUCCCUUCCCAAGGAUCCACUCCCCCAGCUCCUCUAGAGAAUGGCUACUGCUGUGUCCUCUGGGGUUGAGGGAGAUGGAGCUAGGAUUAGGGGGACGUCUUGUGGGGACUUGGGCUGGGCUAAAUGGAAGGUAUUGAUCUCCCCUCAUCCAUUCCUGACAGGUCUCAAAACUGAAAGUAGUAAGAGAGAGGACAAGGGAAAGUACUGAGGAUAGGAGGUCAUCUCAUACCCAAGGACCCCAAGUGCGGCCCUUGCGCAGCACUGUCAGAUACUGGUAUUGGAUGGGGCAUGAGGAUGGGUCUCAGAGGGCAGCCUCCUCUUGUGGAAGGAGACUGUACCCCCCACCCCAGGAACCUCCUUAUGUCUAUUUAAUCCCAGGAAGGAUUCCUGAUGCUAAUUUAUGUCACCUGGGGGUAGGCUACUGUCAGUGAGGUACCCAGAGCUGCACACUUUCCUCCAUCUGCCAUCUCCUCACCCACCAGGGCCUGGGGGUAUACCGCUGCUACGCUGUCCUACUGCUUCCCUCAGUAUCUGAAUGUCUCAAUCCAAAACUUGAAGCUCUUUAGACCAACAGACUGGUGAGAGGACAGAGGAACUUACCUCCCAGCCACUGCUUCACACCAUCCACAUCCUAGGGCUGUGCCCACACCAGGUCUACUGGGCGGCAUGAAAGGGCAAAGAGAGCCCAGCCCCAACUCCAGGAUCCUUCCAUGCUCCCUGACCCUUUGACGUUUUCACCUAACCCAUGCCAGUGACCCCAGCCCCUUCUCAUCCCCUGCUUGGCUUCUCUGCAUGUGGUCAUCUGCUGUAGCCUGGUGUGUAAUGGGUUAAAAAUAAGCCACUGCCUGACAUCCCAACAUCUGACAUCCCAGCCAUGUGUGACUCCCCCAACAUUCCACUGUGCCAUCCUGCAGCUGAAAUGGGAAUGCGGGCUGCCUUUCCAAACCCAAACUCUUGGACAGAGGACCUGGGAAGUGGAGACCAGGCCAGAGAACUUGGGAAAAUGAGGAAGGAACAGGGAGAGGAGGCUGAGCUAGGGCUUAAUGCCUACAGUGUGACAUGAAAGC